UUGGUUCGUGGUUAUGGUUUACGGGUUGGUUUUCCGUAGACUCACAAGACAUGGAUGAAGCGCGGAUGCAGGCCAUGAGCUUGACCCCUAUAUGCCGAGCCUGCGUUCGACACGGCCGGCAGCAAAGCAGGGGGGUAUACUCAUCUUCAGUAGAGGUUUGCUCCUAUUUCACACUCUGACUCCUCCGUAUCCCCUUAGGCCAAAGUGCAAAGAAGUUGAGGCGAACUGUGGUCACAACAGUGCUGGUCCCACUUCACUUUCGAAAGCGCUCUCCGAGGUUCGGCUGUCGAGUCUGCCGCAUAUACAUGCUCGAAGCGCCAAGGCACUGCAUUCAAGGCGUGUGCCAUUCAGGGAAGCGCUCUUCAAGCCAAUAACAGCCGAACAGGUUCUGAUAUCAACUGAAAUUGUUUCUCGGUUUGCUUGGUCUCAUGGACUCUUGGCCACUGUUCUCUGCCAAGACAUGCUCCUGUGUGGGGUCCUCGAGGGCUGAAGGGUGAUGACGACAGUGGAGGUUGUGACGAUAAGGGUCGAACCAAGGCAGCUCUUUGUCGUUUGAGGAAAGCUGUCAAGUUUCACCUGCUCUUCUCUCCCGAUCUUGUCUCUCUUCAAUUUGAACGUUUCUGCUGACUGCAAGCUUGCCGACAACAAACUGUCAAAGUCCAAACCCAUCGGCAUCAUUCGGAACGUGUUUGACCGCCAAAAGAGCAGCCCUGCGAUUGCACCUACCCUGCUUCAACCCCUGCACUUGCUCGAGGCAGUGACGCAGCGCACCGACCAUCGCCGAAUCCCCGGC